UUCCGCGAGAUUCUCGACCCAUCCACAGCUUCGAACGGAGCCUGCAUUUCUUCGAGGCGAAGAGUGGGCCAAGAAGGCCCGCGAAAUAGCCCUCAAACGAUAUGACGCCCCGAAUAUUACCAUCCUGAUAGUGUAUCUCUUACUUGGGCUACAUGAGUUUGGAACGUGCCAAGGAGGCCGAAGUUGGAUGUUUGGGGGGAUGGCGCAAAGAAUGGCCUAUGCCUUGCAACUUCAUAGGGACCUCGAUUACGACCCACUGGGUGGCGAGAACGGAGAACGCAAAAAGCUCAGCUUCAUUGAUCGAGAAAUACGAAGAAGAACAAUGUGGGCGUGCUUCCUCAUGGAUCGAUUCAACUCAUCUGGCACAGAGCGCCCACUGUUCGUCAAUGAACAGUUCAUUCAAGUUCAGUUGCCCGUUAGAGAGCAAUUGUACAUUGACGAAAUCCCAGCAUCUACUGAAGCUCUAGAUGGCGGGGUUUCUACGUCAAAUUCGGAACAGCUGUUGGACGCGAAGGCAAAUAUGGGAGUAAUGGCAUACUUGAUUCGCUUGGUCGCCAUAUGGGGCGAGCUAAUCAAAUACCUGAACCUUGGCGGGAUAGAAAGGGAGACGAUACCUACGUGGGAUCCCAAGUCCACUUUCAAUUGCAUCAAGGACCGACUUCGGAAAUUCAAGGAAACGUUACCGGAGUCCCUAGUUCAUAACGAAGAGAAUCUGAAGAGCCACGCCAUUGAGGGGUCUGCAAACCAGCUCCUAUACAUGCAUAUCCUCUACUACCAGAGCGUUCUUUUCCUGAAUCGGUUCGCUCGGCCGUCUUCGUCUGCGAAUGGGGACAACAUCCGCAAACUGGGUAGAACCUCUCAUUUGACGGAAUCGGGAGCUCAUACUCCGAAUGAUAUUCCGCAGGAAUUCCUCGCCAAGGCCGCACGUAAUGCCCUAGAAGCCGCGGAGCAAAUGUCUAUUGUGAUCAGCGCGUCUGAGGACUACAACGUCGUCGCUCCGUUUGUUGGUUAUUCUGCCUUCUUCUCAAGCACUAUUCACAUUCGAGGGGUGUUCAGCAAAAACCCACAACUGGAAGCGCAAUCGAAGAAAUACUUGGCUUGCAACGUCAAGUAUCUGACCAAAAUGAAGAAGUAUUGGGGCAUGUUUCAUUACAUUGCGGAGAACUUGAAAGACUUAUACCGGCAACACGCUGAUGCAGUCUUGCGUGGAUCUUCCGCGGGCAACGGCAAAGUACCCCAGGAACAAAUCUUUCAAUACGGCGACUGGUUUGAUCGAUAUCCUCAUGGCGUCUCCAACACCGAUUACGAAGACCCAGCUACCAAGGCCAAGAGAGAACCGGGCACCGACGCAGUCCUCGGCCAAAAAUCCGACCUCCAAAGCGUCGAAGAGUUCUUCGCAAGCCUUUCGCCACCAUCUCGAGCAGAACAUCAGCGCAAAAUGGCGAAAAAGAAGAAACAAAAUAUAUCCACAAAGGACGACGCACCUCCCUCUAUCGACGCAACUGCUCGGCUCCAACCCCAACCAUCACCAUCACAGCAAACGGCCCUUCAACACCCACCGCAAGACCUCCACCAAAUGCACCUCCAGCCAGACGUCGUCGAGAAUUUCGACCCGGCGUACUACGCGUCCAACCCCGCCAACGCCUCCUUCCCGGCGCCGUUCUCUCAAAUCCCGGGCCAGCCGCAACCCCAGUCUCAUGCCGAAAAUAUCGGCCUCAUGAGCCAUGCCGCGACCGCGAACCCGCUCCUCCCCCUCGACCUCUCAACCUUCGCUGGGUCCUCUGCCCCCGAUCUCUGGAAUCUAGAUCUCGGGGGUAUGCCGAAUACCGGCGGCAUGGGCAGUGGCUUCUUCCCCGACCAGAGCAUGGCGUGGUUCAUGCCAUUCAACAUGGAGCCGCCAACACUGGGCGACGACGGCGUUUUUGUGGGCGAUGGGUGGGGGUUCGGUGGGCCGCAGAUCGGGACGGGAGAUGUUUUGGAUGAGGGGGGUGGGAUGGGGUCGUAACAAUAGUUGAGACGGGGAGAAUUUUGAUGGGGAUGGUAUCUAAGAAGUUGUGUAUAACAUGUGGAUUUCGGAGAUGAAAUACUUGCAUAUGGGAUGGACGUUUGAUACUAUUUCGGAAUACUAAAGGAAUAUGGGGACUGGCUGGGGGAUGUUUGAUAUAUGUGAUAUUUAGCGGGGGGAGCGUUACGGGUAUAUGGAAAGGUGGAUUUGGAUUAUAUUUAAGGGUUGGAGAUAUAUAUGGAGAUACUUGAAUUCUAUCUCACAAAAU